UCUCCCGUCUCUCUGUUUCUCUUCUCACGCUUUGCCUCCAAAACAAUUUUCGAAGUCUGUCUUUGAUCGGAAGAGGAAGGACGCCAUGAAAAUUCGAGUUCCGGAACGGGAGGAGGUGGAGAAGGACGACAUUACAGUCAAACGAAGAAAUAAGGAAAAUGUCUGUUGUGCAAAUUUUGCAGAGUGAAAGGAUGGAAGGGGGAAUGCCGAAGAGAGGCGUUCGAAGCGACCCACUCUUAUUUGCAAGAGUUAUAGUUUCUUUCCAUAGUAAUAACCCUACGUCUCUUUAUUUGGGUUUUGUCUUUAUGUCCUUAUUUUAUUCCAAUUAAUAAUUGUUAUUUCCAUAGUAGGAGUCCAAGACUUAUAUGGAAUUGUAAGGUAUUGCCUUUAUAUGGCACCUCACGUUCCUUGUCCAAGUCAGAGUAGGGUUAUGAGUCCUAACCCUAAGUGUCGAAUGUAACUUCUAUUUAAGCAGAGUUUUGCAUUAAAGUUGGGAGGAGAAUAUUUUAGCAAAAUCGAUACUUUGUGUUGUGAGGAUUGGGGUCUCUCUAACGAUCUCAAUUUAUUUUCUAUGUUGUGAGGUUUGGGGUCUCUCUAAGGAUCUCAAUUUAUUUUCUGCAAUCAUAGGCAAGACUCAUCCUGUUUUCAUACCGACUGCCCAGGCCACUUUGGUCACCUGGAGCUCGCCAAGCCUACCUGCGUAAAGCCCAUUGACAGUUGGAUCUAAAGUCCAAGGGUUGCGUGUGGAUUUAAAAAUUUGGCCUCAAUUGCAUGUGAAUUCUACUAAGAUUCGGACUUUGUCUGCCAAACCCUAUUGGAGGAUGCAGACCAACAGGGUGCGGCGGAACAGGAGCACUUUUUACUUGCCCAAAGAUGUGGUCAGAGACAUUCUGUUGAGGCUGCCGGUGAAGCCCCUUGUUCGAUUCAGGCUGGUAUGCAAAUCCUGGUCUGCCUUGCUGAAAAGUCGUGAUUUUACGACCACCCAUCUCAGCCGCUCAGCCAGUCAUGGCUGCAAUCACCUACUACUUGUUAACACUCAAGGAGUUAAUAGCCAUACCAUGGCCUUGAUAUCGAGGAAAGCGCUCGAUGUGGCGGUCCCGAUAGAAACUCCAGAAGAAGCAUGCGGGCCUAUGGGAAUGGUGGGUUCUUGUAAUGGUUUAGUCUGUUUAUAUCGUGAUUGGUGGGUUUAUAUGUUUUGGAAUCCUGCUACUACAGAAAACAGGAUUCUGCCCACACCUCUCAUCGAUAAUCCCACCUUCCGGAAUAAAGAGAUAAUGAGAGUCUCCGUAGGAUUUGGUUAUCAUUGUAAUGAUUACAAGAUGGUGAGGAUUGUGUAUUGUAGUGAUUGUGCCGACGUUGAGGUGUACUCGACGAGUAGGGGUUGUUGGAGAGUGAUCAAUUCCAUUUUGCCAUGUGAGAGCAAGCAGCGUACGUGUUCGGUAAUCCUCAAAGGAGUGCCAUAUUGGCUGGGUUCUGCUUCUGGCAAACGGUUUGUCUUGUCUUUUGACAUGGGCAAAGAGGUGUUUCGGCAGGUGCUUGUGCCCUCAGAUCCUGACCCUUCUUACAAGAGUCUUGGGGUAUUCAAUGGAUCCUUGGCUAUAAUCUACCAUCCUUGCCCUGCAGACUUAGUCAGCAAUUUCAUUGAUUUUUGGGUGAUGAAAGAUGACGAAAGUUGGAGCAAAGUAGUGAGGAUUGGACCCUUUUCAGGUAUGGGGUUCCCGCUCAGGUGUUGGGAAGAUGGGGUUGUCAUAUGGGCGCAGGGCGAUUACGGAAGGUUGCUAGUGUAUGACCCCAUUACCAAAUCAAUAAAGCGAGUUCCUCCAAUGUAUUGGGCUCCCAAGAUUUGUACUACCAGCGUUUCCAGUUACAUCGAGAGCUUAGUUUCUGUCAACGGAAGAAACACCAAACAUCUGUAAUUUUAGCGUAGAUUACUCGUCUACUGAUUAUAAUUAAUGAAAUAAACAAGUUGAUGCCAACCCGAUUCGUGGCUAGCUAGUACCUCAUUUUUGCUUUUUGUUAGAAUAGUUUUCUUGUCUUGUUUAUCGCAUUUUAAUUUCUCUGUAAAUAUAUAUAUUUCUUGUAAUACAGUGGUUUUCAUUGGUCUC